GUUAGAUUGUUUGUUCGGCUUCGGGUGUCACCCGCUUUGUAAUUUUAGUGAUUAUUUUUAGAAAAACUCAGUGUAAUUGCUGUGUAAAUCAAUAACAAAAUGGAUUAAUAACUGUGAGAUGAGUUAGUUAUAGCAGUAUUGCUUGUAGUGUAUGUGUAAAGCGGUUACUUCCGCCAUGACAAUGAUCCAUACCGACGGGAAGUGUCCUGCGACACUCGUUCUAUAUUUUGUGUGUAUUUCGUUGUUUUGUCCAAUUUUAGCAUGGAGUUUGGACAUCCAAGUUGCAGCGCAAGGGAGAGUUGCAGAGAGUGCAAAUGUGGUCUGCAACAUCACACCAUUCACCGCUACUAUGAAUAUCACCUGGAGAUUCAAUGGUGUCCAUCUGGAGCUUAGUGACAGGAUAAAACAGAACAUCAAAGAAGAGAAUGUGACCAAAGACGAAGACGGGAACCCUAUAAAGAAGAGCAUAGCCGCUCUGGUAUUGAUGAACGUGACGUCAGCUGAUGCUGGGAAUUACACCUGUGUCGUUGUCGAUGGCGAGUCGGAACUGGACGCCAGUACUGGCACGCUGGACCUGAGGUUUGAGACUAAACUGCUUAACAAGACGCAAGGGCCAGUGGAACAUAACAAGACUGACACGACGGAUUUCGACCUUUACUGUAUAUUUGAAGUAUACAAAACACCGAAAGCAGUACGAUGGCGCAAAAAGGACACGAAGCAAGAAUACCUAGCACCGGUUCAACAAUUAAACAUAAAGACAAUCAAAACUGUAUUUACUUUCAACAACAGUGACCCCAAAGAAGAAAACGAAAACAUAAAUGGAACAUACAUAUGUGAAAUAACAGACGAGGAUUUGAAUAAAACUGAAUCAGGACAGAUCGAUGUGAUAGUGUACGAUAAACCACGUAUAGAAAUUGGCAACGCAAUAGCCAUUAGCACGUCUGAAAUCUUCAUAAACUGGACCACACAGAGCAACAACAGACCUAUAAAACGCUACACGAUUCUAAUAUACAAUAACGGAGUUAAAACAUAUACUGAUAAACCGACACCAACAAACGCAACGUCAACGAUAAUUCGCAACAAUAUAAAAAAGUCAAGUGAAUAUAUUAUAGAGAUUACAGUGGAAACGGAUUACGGAACGGAUUCUGCUAAAUUCCCACCGGUUAAGACCUUAGAUGAAGACCCAAGUUACGUACCGGUGUUGUCCAUAAAUGGAUUUUCCGCGACAUCUGUGACUCUGGGUUUGGGAGAUAUUCCUGAUGAAAUAGCACAUCUGAUCCAUUACUACAAUCUGGAGGCGAGGAAGAAGAGCAAAAGCAUGACGGAAAAGGUCGAGGCGCUGUAUACUACACAUUGGAGAGACAAUAAGAAUCUUCCGUACAUGUUUGGGAAACUUGAUCCGUAUAGCACCUACAUAUUUAGGGCACAAGCAUGCUCCGAGUUCGGUGACCUGAAGCGUUGCGGGAACUGGUCCCUGGACAAGGAGGCGGCGACGCUGGACGGCAUCCCCGGGGAGCCCAAGAACGUGCGCAUCGUGGAGUGCUCCAGCCGCGUCAUGAACAUCACCUGGGAGCCGCCGGACAAGCCCAACGCUGAGAUCAAGGGAUACACGUUGGAGCUGACAGGCAAUGCGACGUACAUAGACAGAUACGGGACGAAGAAGGAGGCGAUCUGGGGACCGCUCAUGAAAUUCAUGUCCAAUGACUCCAAAAGCGUCAGGUUCGACGACCUCCAACCGAACACCCAAUACACAGUGCGGCUGACGGCGAUGACGCGCAUGCGCCGGCGCAGCAAGGAGGUGGCGGCCAGCUGCGGCACGCUGCAGGAGCUGCCAGAUUCCCCGCCCAGGCCUCGAUGGAGAAAGAUCCAGAACGGCAACUCGUACGUGUUCAAAAUGUAUUUACCAAGGAUUUCCGAAAGAAACGGCCCCAUUUGCUGUUACAGAGUGCAUAUGAUACGUCUCCGUCCGAACCAGGAGUUGAAGAAUCUCCCGCCAACAAAGAACAUAAGCAUCAUAAACUAUGAAGACGCUCAUGCUGUCCAUCCCAUGUUCGGCGCUUACGUCACUGAUAUUAUUACUAACGAUCAAUUCCCACCGGAUUCGGAAGUGGUGAUGGGCGACGGCAGCUCCAUCUACCGCCGCGACAGCCCGGCCCUGAACAGCUCCGAGUGCCGCCGCUGUCUCGUCAAGCCUCACAGGGAGCCGCAUCACGAUUCACACGAGAUCUUCACUAUUGCUCAGAUGAGCACGACGCCGAGCCCGGGCGGCAGCGCGGCGCCGCGCAGCCGCCGCAGCCGCAACUUGGACGGCGACAGAGACUUCACUAACAACCAGAUUCUGAACAAACACAUGGAGAACAUGCACAGGCCUCAUGAGUUCCCCGUGGAGGUGCGAGAUGGGCCACUCGACUCGGGCUCCAACUACACAAUGUUCGUCGAGCUUAUCUCGCCGAAAUCUGAAGAAUCUCUGUACAGCGACUACGUGAACGCCCUGAUGCCGGCGCCCACGCCGCCGCCGCACGCGCCCCUCAAUAUCUUGGAGAUUGCAUUGCAGGUAACCUGUGGCGUAGCAGCCCUAGUGCUGGUGUGCAUGAUAGCAUUCUGCAUCCUGCAGACUCGCCGCUCCAGGAAACUGCCGCAGGCGCCGUUGGAGAUGAAUCCCGUCUUCAGAUACAUAGUGGAGCACCUGGUGGGCCGGCAGCCGCUGCUGACGCAGACGCCGCCGGCCGUGCCGCCCGUGGCCGCGGACCAGCUGGCGGCCGCCUACGCCGAGCGACAGCUCGACUCCGACUAUGGCUUCCAGAAGGAGUUCGAGUUGUUGCAGUUGCUGCCCGAGUGCUUCAACGACCGCACCACGCAUGCGUCGGAGGCGCGCGAGAACCAGCCCAAGAACCGUUACCCGGACAUCAAGGCCUACGACCAGACCCGGGUCAAGCUCAGUCUGAUCGACGGCGUCCCCGGCUCCGAUUACAUCAACGCUAACUACGUCAGCGGAUACAGGAUUUUUUCAAAAGGCGACUGGACGAGAAGGUCUGCCUACUCGACAAUCAGAAUGAAAAAGUAUACACCAUUAAAUAAUUUAUAUGUGGAGCGGAAAGAGUUCAUAUGCGCGCAAGGCCCCACAGAAACAACUGUAAAUGAUUUCUGGCGCAUGAUAUGGGAGCACGGGUUGGAACUGAUCGUGAUGCUAACCAACCUCGAGGAGUACUCCAAGGUGAAGUGCAGCAAGUACUGGCCGGACGAGCUGCGGGGUUCUAGAAACUUCGGCAGCAUCACAGUGCACCAUGUUGAUGAGAAACGUUACUCCGACUACAUAGUCCGGGAGCUGAGGAUCACGAAAACGCCAACUAAUUCUGACGGGCAGCCUAUCGUUGAGAACAACGGCAUUGCCAAAAGGAAUGGAGAUUGCGUUGGAGGCAACGGUUCAGGGUCCGACACGGCACCCACGUCUCCGCGGGAGACCAAAGAAGAAUCCAGAUUGGUUCGCCAAUACCACUUCCUCAUGUGGAAGGACUUCGCCGCGCCUGAACAUCCGCACUCCAUACUGAAGUUCAUCAAGCGCGUAAACGAAGCAUGGUCGAAUAUGGUCGGCAGGCCAGUAGUGGUGCACUGCUCGGCCGGCGUCGGCCGCACCGGCACGCUGGUGGCGCUGGACUGCCUUCUCGAACAACUGCGCGCAACGGGCCACGCGGCCGUCUUCAACACCGUCUGCGAGUUGAGACGGCAGAGGAACUUCCUCGUGCAAUCUUUGAAACAAUACGUGUUCGUGUACCGAGCGCUGGUAGAGUACGCUCACUAUGGCGACACAGAAAUCCCCGCUUCGAGACUGAAGGCGGCCAUUGACCGCCUGAGAAAUACGCCAGAGGGCGCUGACAAGUGUCUCAUGGAGGUCGAGUUUGAGAAAAUAAUAAACAGCCCAGUAACGGAGCCGGUGAAAUCGUGCGCAGCGGGCGCGGGCGAGGAGGUGCGCAACAAGAACCGCAGCCAGGAGUGUCUGCCGCACGACCGCAACCGCGUCAUCCUCACGCCCGUGCCCGGCAGGGACUUCUCCACCUACAUCAACGCUUCAUUCAUUCAAGCGUAUGACAACUCUGAAGGCUUCAUCAUCACACAAGACCCGCUGCCGAACACCAUUGCAGACUUCUGGCGGAUGGUGUGCGAACAUAACGUGUCGACCAUUGUCAUGCUUAGUGAGCUGGGCGAAGGCAAAUGCCCCCGAUACUGGGACGACGGCACGGCGCAAUACGAGAAUAUUUCAGUACAAUACGAGGAGAGCGAGUCCUGUCCCUACUACACGAGGCGGCAGUUCAUACUCACUGACAAUAGGAACGGCGAAACGACGACGGUGCGACAGCUGCAGUACCAGGGCUGGCCGACGGCGGCGGGCCACGUGCCCGAGGUGACCCGCGGACUGGCGGAGCUAGCGGACGCUGCGCUGCCGGCGCACGCGUGUCCCAUGCUUGUGCACUGUCUAUACGGCACGGAGCGGUCGUCGCUGUUCGUGGCGCUGUGCACGCUGAUCGUGCAGCUGCGCGCCGAGCGCCGCGCGGACGUGUGUAGUGUGGCUCGUGCGGUGCGCGCGCAGCGCGAGCGCUCCCUCGACACCUUCCUACAAUACGAGUUCCUGCACCGUGCCAUACUGAACUACGCGGAACUCCACAACCUUCUAGAGGACAGUUAAACUGCCGCCGGGAGGCGCUGCUCACUUCUCUACUACUCUAUGGCGACCGCGAACACUCUGUGCUAAUCUAUGGUCUGUCAUGUCUAUUGGUGAAUACCAAUAGACAUACUGGUGUCAGCUUUUGACUUCCAAGGUUGAGUUGCACCAGUAAACUUUGACCUGCGCUGACGUUUAGACAUAAAUGGCGUAAUUGCGCGUUUCUGCGCAGAUUAAAGUUAACGUCAAAGUUGACUGUGCAACCCACUCUCCAUUCAGUUUUUGCCAUUGCAAUAUGAAAUCGAAUGAUCGAGAUUGGUUGAUAAGCACCCAAUGUAGCCAGCCCUCAUUUUCUACUAUUUACAGACAAACUGUAAAUGGUCAUCGGUUAGCCAUUUCAUUAACAGUUUACUAAUUCACAUGUAUAAAUAUUAAUUUUAAGUUUAAAGUCAACUUCCGAAUCGUUCUAAAGGAUAAUAUUUGUGAAUGUAUCUCGAUUUUUGUAAUUAAAUAAACAAUUUCUGAUAACAUAAUAUGUGUAUCAAUAUUCAUUCAAUAGUUUUAAUGCAUAUAUAGGGCUGGUGCAUAACCACUGGGUUACAGUUGCGCGUGCGUUUCCUUUUUGUACGGAAUUGUAGCUGGCUGCUUAGACGCAAACAUUACAAUUCCAUACAAUAAAGCGCACGCGUUACGCAUAAUUUGACUAUAAUCAUUAAGUUCGCGAUCGCCCAAAAAUCUCGAAUAAACAGUGUGUAGUUGUCAAAUCCGGCCUAUCUCAUUGUCUGUGGUAACGCUGGACUGAACUGUCUGUUGUGUUAUUUAGAACGUCAUUUAUCAAACUUAUUUUUACACUGUGACUGAAAUCAAUAAGUUAUUAGUUUUCGAAAAUUGUUAUUAAAAUAUUCUCUUUCGUAUUGUUUCGAUUUUUUUUAAAUGUCUUUAUUUGAAUGACAGUUUAGUUAUUUAAGAUCUUAUUAACACAUCUAUGUUGUACACAAGAUUGGUACAAAAACUGUUUUAUAAUGCUCAAACAUAAAAUCAUAUACUUAUUUUUAAAAUAUUUAAACAUACAGUUCGCAACACAGUAGAAAUUAUAAGUAUAUGUUUAUAUGUAACCAUCAAUAUUAUCACACUAACAUAGUGAUAAGUGUAGAUUUUGUAUGUGCGUUUGUAUUCUUCUAUCGGCGAAACAUUAUUGGAUGCCGUAUAUUUUCGAAAAGAAAUAUAUAUGAGAAAUCACAUCGCAAAUACGUUUCAUUUUUUUGUAACUAUUUUUGUACAAUAAAAUAUCCAAUAAUGAUUCGCCAAAAAUUUAUAUUUCUAUACUCAGUUUUUGAGUCGCACGGAAACAAGGUCAAUGCUUCUAAUGUUUCCUCUCUCUCGCUCGUCCAAAUAUUGUAUCACAAAUUAAGUUGAUUAUAGAAUGUUUAAUUUGACAUUUAUUAACGACGGUGACAGACAUAUACCAGGUUUAUCAAUUUUUCCGAGUGACUCAAAAGUGGAAUAUAUAUAGUUAUCGCUUUUCCAUUCUUGACAAUGUCACUAAAACAAGCUACGAACCCCGUUUUGGCUAGGGUGCUUUUUACGGAUUAUUUUACAAGUUUCCGUUAUUGUACAAACGAGUGAUCAUUUCUUAGUUUUAAGCGUAAUUUUUAGAUAGGUACGUACAAGAAUCCGCUUCGCUUUCAUUCAUACCGCCAUAUUGAAAUCGCGAAACACUUUUAUAAAUUGUACUAGUUUCCAUUUAGGUGGUUAUUAUUGGUCUUGACCGUUUUUUGGUUACUCCAGGUCAAUGACCUUACUGACUAGCUAAUUGGCAUGUAGUAUAGAUAAUAGAUCUGUCAUACUAUUAUGAUAUUUUAUAAUGACUUUUGGUAUAAUUACCAAACUGAAAUCGUGUCCAAAGAGAUGUGUAGGUAUUAUAAUAUCAAUGAUUAAAUAUAAAUUUUAAAUAUCUACGUAUUUAUUUUGAUAUAAAAAGAUUACGGCCAUAGUAUGUGCAUUUGUAUCCGAUUUUUUUUUAUUACUCAACUCUGAGGUUUUUAUAAAGAACCGAAAAAGUUAGGCCAAAAAUAUGUAAAAAAAAAUAUACCCCAAUGUUUAGCACAAAUUUUUUGAUGUGGUGCAUACGUUUGGAAGUUGAGAAUGUUGUAUAUACUUACUUAUUGUGUAUCGUAGCAGCAUUGCGCGGAGUACUCAUUUCGUGAAUCACCAAUUGUUGACAGCAUUUUAAUAAAACAUAAACAUUUAUGUAAAGGAAAACAAAUGGCCAUAUUGAAUAAAUAUUGCAACAUACGUAAAAAAUAUAUGUUCAUAGUUGGUGCUUUGCGAAGUCAAUAUUUUGCUCAACAUCCAUUAGAACUACAUCAGUUUCGGUCGAGUGCACACGCGCUUCGGGCGCUUUUUGAUGUAUUUAUAUGUUUUAUUUUUAUUAUAUGAAUCGAGACCGAUAUAGUCUUGAAUGUACGACUGUCUACAUAUAUCUAUUGUAAGCUAUGUAAUUAGAUUUUGUAUGAGCUAAACAAAAUAUACAAUAUGUUGAUGUUGGAUUGAACGAGAGGUAUGUGUUGUUGAGAGCGCUGUCCGUAUGAUUCUUUUAUUAGUCUUGACCUCUUCAAUAUAAUAGUAGUCGCAAGACCGCCUAAACGCCUUCGACUUAAAAAUAGCAAAUAAAUCUUUCACUAAGUUUGCCUCAUACAAUAUACUGAGUCACCAUUUCUAUAGGAACCUAAGAUUUAGUAUUCUCUGGAUCAAGCACGAAUAACUCCACUGACGUUCAAAACAAAAUCACUGCCGCGAUAUACAUAUAAUAGAUUCAUAACAAAACAAGAAAAUAUAUCGAAUUUUUGUAAACUAUCUGAGGUAUCACGACCUAAUGCCGUUACAGUUAUACGGACAGCGUAACUACAAGAUAACGUAAAAAAUAUGGUCACCAUAAAAUUUGGGGGUGACUUGGGAGAGGGCUUGCAUACUAGCGUGUAGAGGCUUCCGUUUUAUAAGACCUGUUCAUAAUCUAGGCCUUCCCGAAAAAAUAUUUUUUUUCGUGUCUAUUUUUUAAAUUCUGUAUCGCAUUUUUUGUUCAGCAUUGAUGUCAUUAACAUUUCCCAUUAAAAAUAUUAAGGCAAGCAAUUCAAAUGUACGUAAUAAUUAUAAUAUAAAAUUAUUUGGUUUUAUUCAUGGCCGAAUAUUCAAAAGUAUUUCAUGUAUUUUUUUUUUCUUCUAUUUUUAACAUAUUUAUGAGACAAUUUAACGUUAGAUGUGUCUAACGUUCAAUUGUAUCAUAAAUGUGACACGUUCACCAUCGUCGUCACAGGCCUUACUGGUGUUGGGUGACCCAUCACAGGUCCUACUCAGUGUGCUGUGCUCAGUACAAUCAACCAUACAAAUAUUUUUUGUACUAUGUCAAAUAACCUCACUCCGUUCAACUUUGACGUCAACUGAAACCUGCGCAAAGCAACGCUAAAUUCAUAAUUUUAUAUCAUAGUCGACAGCGCGCAGGUUAAAGUUAACGUCAAAGUAAAAUCAUCAUAAUAAACUCGCAUCCAAAUCCGUUGUGCAGUUUUAUAGAUCUAAGCAUGCAUACUUAUGUAUGCAUUUUUUAUUCGGCCGUGAAUUAUACUUUACUUACGAGUCAAAAUAUUGUCACAAGUAUGAUCUCCCCUGAUUGUGUUCAUUAGAGUCACGUAUGCAAGCCCCGAGUGACUGACGUGUGUUUUUUAGCUUUUUGUAUCGAUAUUAAUUAAUAUUGUACCGUAGGAAUGUUACGAGGUUUUUUAUAAAACGUAGCUAGUAAGUUAGGUUAGGGAAUAUGACAAUGGGGGAUGCCGAGGGUGGAUUUAUAUUUAUAAUAUUAAUCUAACAACAUGAUGAUGAAACUUUAUCUAAGAAAAAUUACAAUAUUUGUGACAAAUGUUUUAGGGUCUUAACACGUUGAGGGCUGUCAAUUCGCGACGCAUAUUUUUUUUUCCCAAGAAUGAUAACACGGGAGUUUUCGUUUACAGUAUUCAAGAAAAUUAAACUGAUUUGUCUUGAAACCAUCAAAUUUUAUCUAUAUAAAUCAAAAUAUAAAUUUUGUGAAUAAAAUGGUCAGUAGACAUCUCGUGUCGGCGUCCCCCGCAAGCCAAGAUACAAAUUGUGAAAUCUGUUGUACGUCUCUGUAUGUCAUAAACUAUUCACAGUUCAUACUUGGCACUUUCAUGACAAACGCUGUAUGCCAUACAAAACAUACUUACAGAUUUUAGUAUUAUUCUAAACUCGAUUCUUGUUUUGCGUUGUCAUAUUGUUUUUAAUAUUAAUAAAUUAAUGUAUGUAUUAAUAUCAAAAUUAACUGGUUUCUAUAAAUGUUAUGUUACAAAAAAUAUAUAUUUGUAAUGUUCCUAAAAUUCGUAGGAAAGAUAUUCCAUCGCCUUUUUUCAGAAGAUUCCAUCGCCAUUUUUUCGGAAAGAUAUUCCAUCGCCAUUUGCAUUUUUCAGAUCCAAUAAUAAUAUCUGCUCUUUGAAUAAAAAAGGGGCAAACAGGUUUGAACUAUGAUGAUGUAAAAUCGAGUUUAGAAUUUAAAAAAUGUAACCGCUAAUGCAGUAGACGCUUAUUUAUUUUAGGAACCCUAUAAAUUCCUUGUUUAUCCUAAUUUAAUAUUAUUAGUUAUAUUAAUAUUCUCUAUUGUACUUGCAAGAAAUGAAUGUUUAAACUGAAUAAAUACAAAAAUCAAUAUGAAAUCGUUCUUCAGCAUACGUGAUUGGAAAUUAUCUCUAGAAAUAUUUAUUGGAUAUUGUAAUAUUAUUUUUGAGCAAAUAAAUACAAUUUCGGAAUAACCUUUUGUGUAAAUAUUAUAAUAAGUAAACAGUUACGCGCAAGUAAAGCCUUUAAGUUAUUUUCUUAUUUUUUAAUUUAAUUAAUCGUACAUAAGUAAUGGCGGUUGUAAAACUGAUAUUAAUUUUAUUAUGUUUUAUUUUGUAAAUAGAUAUGCAGGUCAUGUAUAACAAUAUUUUUGAAAAUAUACCAUUAUUUAGAA